AUGAGUGAACCGGUCGAGCCGCUUCGAACGACUGCAACAAAACCUGCCUCCCGGAAAGCGCAUCGCAAGACAAGGACAGGCUGCCGGACUUGCAAACUGAGGAAGAUUAAGGCAAGUUGGACUCUUCAUCUCUCCUCUUCUGCCACACAGCCCAUCUCAGGAUUGGAAAGCUGCGAUGAACAAAGACCAGAAUGUACCAACUGCAUGAAACACUCCGUUCAGUGCGAUUAUAUGGGCACGCCGAUACCUAUAUCUGCAAGCAGCCCUGCUAGUUCCGGAGCCCCUACCAAGCAUGUAAAUACCCCUUCAAGCGGGACGUUCCAGGGCUCUGGGGGCGAAAUCACACGUUUCAACAGUCCUUCGGUCCAGAAUGAACCAUUGAGCAUGAACAUGCUGGACUUGGAACUUCUCCACAACUUCUCCACAUCCACCAGCCUCACUCUCCACACGAACCCGGCGCUCAAGACAAUGUGGAAAGUCAAUGUGCCUAAAGUUGGAUUCUCCUACGACUUUGUGAUGCGUGGAAUCUUGGCUGUGUCUGCACUACACAUUGCCCACUUCACACCCGAGAAAAGAGACUACUUUGUAGCACAAGCCCUGAUACAACACCAAAGCGGUCUGCGCGUGGCAACUUCAAUGCUGUCAAACAUAACCGAUGAGAAUUGUUCCGCAGUCUACAUCUUCUCGGCGCUGACCCUGUUCUUCGCCAUUGCCACUCCGCGCAAACCCGGCGACUUUCUGAUCGUAGGCGAAACCGGAGUAGUAGACUGGCUCAUCUUGAUUAAAGGGUGCAUUUCAAUCGUCGCUACAGGGCAAGAGAUUCUCUCUAAAGGUCCUUUUGGGCUUAUGUUUCGAGCAGAGGAGCGGAAGGGAAGAUUGAGGGAAGAACUCGCUGCGGAUUUCCACGGAGAGGCAGACCCGCUUCGAGAACUGCGAGAUCACAUCAACAACUCCCAGCAUUCCGAACAAGACUACCACACGUAUCACACUGCUAUUGAGGAGCUGCGGACAAUUUAUGCUCUCAUCUACAAGCAGAGCUAUGCAGAUUACGAACCUGGAGAUUUGUUCACCUGGCUCUUCCAGCUCAGUCCUCAGUUCCUGGAGAAAUUUCAAGCCCGCAGUCAAGAAUCACUUGCCAUAUUCGCGUAUUUUUGUGUACUGCUGAAACGGGCAAAUGAAUGCUGGUGGCUUGAUGGCUGCGGUAUUCAUUUCCUGGCUCAGACGUAUGACCUGCUUGACGAAGACCACCGAUUGUGGAUAAGAUGGCCGAUUGAAGAGUGUGGCUGGGUUCCAAAUUCGUCAACCACAACGGAUAUCACUAUGAAAGGUGUCUCCCAUUACAGUAACUUUCCACAGCCGCAUUUUUCUAGUGGUAUAUGA